AUGGACUGUCAAGCGUGGAGUUCCAGAGCUUUGAUACACAUCGACAUCUCGCUAGACUUCCUCGGCAAUCUCAAGAAGAUUUCGAUCAUGAGAUCAGUUGAGAUCGUCUCUGAGUUUUCUUCUUUUGCAUUCGUUGGUGAGGUCGAAGAAGCUCGAGAGACGGACUGCCACUGCCGUGUUUCCAUGGCGCUUUGGAUACAAGAUAGGGUUAAGCUUAGUAAUAGUAACAAUGGAGACAGAGAGAGAGAGUCUUUGAAUAAGUUUAACAAUCCUUUAUAA